GGGAGAAAUGGGUUUACAGCAAGGUUUAGUGACAUGGUUUGUAGGGGUUCUAUUUCUAAGCACUUUGCUCCUUUCCAAUGCAGAUGUACAUCACUAUGAAUUCUUUGUGCGAGAGUCAAAUUUUACUAAGCUGUGCAACACAACGACAUUGCUGGUCGUAAACGACAGCUAUCCAGGGCCUGAGAUUCGGGUUCACAGAGGUGAUACUGUCUUCGUUAAUGUCCACAAUCAAGGAAACUACGGCUUCACCAUUCACUGGCACGGCGUGAAACAACCGAGGAAUCCAUGGUCCGACGGUCCCGAGUUCGUAACGCAGUGCCCCAUCCAACCAGGGACCAACUUCACCUAUGAAAUCGUACUAUCGGAUGAAAUAGGAACACUGUGGUGGCACGCACACAGUGACUGGACUCGCGGUUCCGUCCAUGGAGCCUUCGUCAUUUUGCCGGCUAAGAAAGAAACUUAUCCGUUCCCCACGCCAGACGCCGAUCAAACUAUCAUACUUGAAUCAUGGUACGAUGGAGACUACAAGCAAAUUAUUGAUGACGCACUUGCCGCCGGUGUCUCUCCUCGCCAACCAAGUGCUUAUGCUAUCAGUGGACACGUCGGAGACACAUAUGGAUGCCCCAAUGAUACAAUAUUCCGUAUGCAAGUUGAUUCUGAGAAGAUAUACCUUCUUCGAAUAAUUAACGCUGCAAUGAACGAACAUUUUUUCUUCACCAUCGCGAACCACACCCUCACAGUCGUCGCACAAGAUGCCUCCUAUGUUCGAAGGUUUACGAGGGACUAUAUAUUGAUAAGCCCUGGCCAAACCAUGGAUGUUUUGGUCUCUGCCAAUCGAAACGUUGGCCAAUAUUACAUGGCUAUUAGGCCUUUCUCUGAUUCCUCUGCUGCACCUGUUGACAACAUCACUACUGGCAUUUUUGAAUAUACAAACAGUGAGGGCGGAUUGAAUGCUUCCUUGAUAACGUUGCCCGUAAUGAACGAUACAGAUGCUAUGAUUAACUUCCUAAACCAAAUUCGGAACACGAAAGUCUCCCAGAAUCCGCGGAUAAAUGUGCCGGCAGAUAAGGAUAUUAAAAGACGAGUGUUCAUGACACUCGCGGUAAACAACUUGCCUUGCAACACCUGUGUUGUAGGCAGCAGACUUGUUGCAAGUUUGAACAAUGUAAGCUAUGUUUCCCCAAGUAUUGACAUUCUCCAAGCAUACUACAACAGGAACAUGAGUGGUGUUUACACCGAAGAUUUUCCAUUGAAUCCCCCAGUAAUCUAUGAUUUCACUGGAAACUUGACUAAUCUCAAUACCCCUGUUGAGGAAGGAACGAGGGUAAUAGUGGUAAAUUAUGGGGAAGGAGUUGAGAUGGUGCUGCAAGCAACCCAGAUGGGGGCUGGUGGAAGUCACCCAAUCCAUUUGCACGGUUCUAGCUUCUAUUGGGUGGGAACAGGUUUCGGAAAUUUCAACAAUAAGACAGACCCAAGGACUUAUAAUCUGGUUGAUCCACCACUCAUUAACACUGUCCAUGUUCCUGGUAGAAGAUGGGUUGCCAUCAGAUUUUUUGCUACCAAUCCCGGAGUAUGGUUUAUGCAUUGCCAUUUGGAGAGGCAUAGUAGCUGGGGAAUGGACACUGUUCUCAUCGUGAGGAAUGGUAAAACCAAGAAAACAAGCAUCCGCCCACCGCCAUCUACCAUGCCUCGUUGUCCUGGAACCUAGAACUACUACAAGCAUAGAAUUAACACAUACAUACAUACAUACAAGUAGUUUCUAGAUUUACAUUUUUAAUAAGAAUAAAAUUCCUGUGCCCUCUUCUUGGUCCACCAAUCUUUUUUCACAUGUGUACAAGUAAAUGAAUAGAGUUGAUAAUGUUUUUCGUCUCCAGAAAACUUUAGCCUCUGGGCACAAUUUAUAUUCUGGGUUUUAUGUAUUCUUUUAACUCAUCAUCUAAAUUUCAAUUUUAAGAAAUCAUCUUUCUAUC